UAAUGCGCAUGCAAUAUCCAACAUGGCGGACAGCAACAAAAAGGAAAAAAUAGCAGCUGCAAAGAAAAAAGUUCGUGCAAAAGAAGUAUUUUAUACAUAGAUGUUUGAACUGUAUAACUGAAAUAAUGCAUUAAGAUUAUUUCCAAUAAACUAUAUAUUUGUUUAAAUGUAACAUAGUUUAUAAACACGCUUUUGUCAGUUCCUUUGUUUUGUUUACUUUACUUGUGACUUUUGAUUUAAAGCAAAAAAAUAAAAAAAUGCCGAAGUCUCAGUCUGUAUUCCUAAAUUAACCUGAACCCUAAAAUGUAGGUUAUCCCUAAACCUAACCUGAAUCCUAAAUGUAAAUGUAUCCCUAAUGGCACCAAUUCUCUGCAUAAUAUUGGCCAAUUUGGAGAGAUAGCACCCUGAAGUCAUUUGCAUGUUUUGUUAAGUUUCUGUUUUUGAUUCACUCCCCUUAUUUUUUUAAAAAUAGAGUUACAUUUUCAUUAAUAUAAGGCUGGUAAAUUUUUAUUGGUUGAUUAAUUUCAAUUUUACAUUUCAUUGGUUUGCGAAUUUUAAUAUUAUUUAUGUGUUCCGCUAUCUUUGAAAAUUACCGUAUGGUGUUUCAUUCAUUUUCUGGAUAUUAUUUUCGAUGAAACCUGAAAUAAAGUGUUAAGUGUGGGGAACCUGAAAUAAAGGGUGUAAAUGUGUAUUCCAUGAAACUGUAAGUUGGGUUUUCAUUUUUAAAAAUUUUAUAAUUAUAUUUGGCCUUGGCCAUUUUUUGUUGUUUUUCUUCAUUUUCCAAGUUUUCAGGGUCAAAACGCUGGUUCCAAUAGGGUCAAAACCCUGGUUCUGAUAGUUUUGGUAGGGUCAAAACCCUGGUUCCGAUAGUCUAUAGUGUCUUAGGAUACAUUUAGGACGUUUUUUUUUUCCAUUAAUUUUUAACGUUUUCUUCCUAAUUUUAUCUAAUGUGAGUUAUUUUAUUUUUCCACGGUCGCCAUCUUGGUUGCUGCAACCCAUGAACACAUAAAAUUUCACAGGUCAUGGCGGCCAUGAUAAAAAACGCGGCGCCGUCUCUCCAAAUUUACCAGUAACUCAUAGGUACUUCGGCAAAAAAAAUUCAAAAAAAAAAAAAAAAAAUUAAAAUAUUAGUUAUUUUUUAUAUAGAGCAAACUUCAAAUAAAAUUGAAACCAGAAUCAACUUUCUAGUUUUUGCACUAUUUAAGCUAUAAAUUUUUUAAAUGCAGUUUUGUUUGGUAUUUUUUACCUUUUAAAUUUUCAAACACAUCUGACAUUUGUGACCCCAUUCUGCUGAUCGCGUCACACGCUAUAACUCUGGUCUCUGGUUUCAAUGACAAUUUUCAACAACUUUGAUUUUUAUGAUUAAUCAUUGCCAAGUAUGAAAAGUACUAAUUUUAAAAUAUUAUGCAAUUGAAUUAUUAAUAAAUUAUAAUUUAUCCAGCCAUAUAAUGCAUUAUUACAUUAAAUAAGAUAUGGAUGCUCUGUUUAGUGUCCAUUUUAUAUUUAUAUAAUAGUCUAUGUAAGGCAAGACAUCCCCUAAAAAUAAAACUGGUUUGGGACUGCCUAUUUUGAACUUUUAACUUUUGCACAUGACUAGUUAAUUAAAGCUUUCUUUGACCAAUGAUUUGAUAGUGUUUGCACACAGCACAUUCAUUAUCUUAUGAAUGAAACUAUUAGAGUAGUACUAUAGUAGUAUGAGACAUGCAAGGACUGUAAAUGGUUUCCCAUGACAACGUUUUGCACACAGCAAAUUAUGAUAAUUUAUAAUAUGGACUUCAACGGGUUUUUAAACUUCAAAUUAAAACAAUCUUUUUUAAAUUACUUCUAGAUUCAUUCUAAAACACAAGUUAUCAAAUAUUUUGAUGUAAAUAAUGAUAAUAAUUAAAUAUUUUCUAGUUAUCGCCAUAUACUGCCAUUAAAACGAGGGCUUGGCCCAUGCCAUGAUCGAAAUCAGACUUAACGACCUUAUGGUAAUGCAGGUCACGGGGCAAGCACUACGAACAUGAGACACAACCUAUAUCAAUGAGAAGUUGCACACAUAUGCAUCAAUAUAUAAUGCUUUUUUAAAUUACUUUGAGGUUCAUUCUAAAACACAAGUUAUCAAAUAUUUUGGUAUUUUGAUGUAAAUAAAGGUAAUAAUUGAAUAUUUUCUAGGUAUCUGCAUAUACCACCAUUAAAAGGGGGCCAUGGCCAAUGCCAUGGUCGAAAUCAGGCUUAGGGACCUUAUGGUUAUGCAGGUCGAUUAUUACAGUCGAUCAAAGAAGGGAAAACAAUAUGUUGGCAGUUGGAAUGUAGGUCAAAAUGUCCCCUAUUAUGAACAUGUGGAAGGAUACCACAAUUUUAUGGCGAAAUAGGCCUUUCAUUAAUGAAAGCACCAUCGUCCAAAAAUUAAAAACUUGUAUUCUUUUGCGCUGACUCCCAUUUCCCAUACAAACUUGGAUACAAUUUUGUAAAUAGUAUAUUAUGUAUGAUUUAUUUACAGCUGAAGCAGUUUCAAAAUUCAGGUAGAGCUCGCAGUGUUUCAAGAACAAGGGAAUCUUCUGAAAGGGAAAUUUCUAAAGAACCUGUUGAAAAAUUAGUGCGGACAGUUUCACCGCCAAUAGAAGUCAGUAACUUAAUGUGUCCCUUUAAAUGUAAAAAACACUUCUAACAAUUAGUUCACUGAAAACUUAUUUGAAUUAAAUUUUAAUUUACCUAGUCCACUUAUGACCUGUGUGUGUGUGUGUGUAAUUAGAAUUCUUAAAUUUAAGUGAGAAAUGUAUUACCUAAAUUGCUAAAAUACAAAUUGCUGGCUAAAUUAUAUUGAAAAAUAUUUUUGUUUGUUUGAGUGCAGUUUAUUUGUGAUUUGUGAAAAAUUUCUGGUCUUGACUUUUCUUUCAGAAUCAAAACUCCUCAAGCAGGAGGGCAGCAAGGGAUCUAGAAAUAAGAAAAAAUGAUGCAGAGAACAAUAUAAGGUUAUUAUCAGGGAACAACCGGAAAUCACCUCGGACAUUCGCCCGGCCGAAUAUCCCAAUUCUUUUCUUGAAGUAUUUGUUUCAGCUCAGCAAAUACUAUUAUUACCACCAAUGCGGAUCCGAAUAUUUAUUUGAAAAUUAAAUUUUUAGAGAUGCUCAAUAAAUUUGCUAAUUUAAAUAGGCGGAUUGAAGUUCAUUUCCCAUCAAAUCCCAGAAAGAAAAAACCAUUAGCUACUUAACACUAACUUUAUAUCCACAAAAUAUAACUUUAGCAUCGCAUGCAUUCUUUUAUGUUUCCAUCCUUUUAAGUACUUUUAAAGCUAGAUUUUUUUCAGAUUUUGAGGCUUAUUUGCACUGAUCAAUAGUAAUUUUUUUUAAAUGGAUUCAGAUGAUGAAGUUUAUAGCAAUUUAGAUGUUAUUAUAAUUAAUCAGUGAAUUAUGCUAGCUGUAAUAUUAGUAAUACAGUUUCAUGUAUUUAAAUUAACAGAGUUAAGUCAAUAUCAUCCGUCUUUACAAAGUUAUAUAGUUUAUAGCUUAUAACAUUAUUUAACCCCUUACCGUCAUGUGGAUAGAAGUUUUUUUUAUAUUCUAAGUGCUAUAUGAAUAUAAAGUGUCAAAACUAAGGAUUUGCAUUAUACUCAAAUUUAAGAAAUAUUUAAUUCCUGGUAAAUGAUAUAUUAUUAUGGGCCUACUAAUGCUUAUGCAACGAUUUGGCGAUCGAGCACGCAUAAUAUCUGCACAUCAUACCAGUAAUGUUAGUAGCGCUCCUCUGAAGGCAUAUUAACAUAGUAUGAUAAUUUUAAAUAGUAUAAUAUUUUAAAGGAUCUUGCCAACUUUAUUUAAAAAUAAAUAUUUAUGUAGUUAAUUUGUGUUAUACUUUGAUUAGAUUAACAUAGCAGUCAUGGUAUUAUUCAUGCAACGCCUGAUACAUUUUAGGCGAUAAUGUACAGUAAGUUCAUCAUGAAUAAUAUAUAAAUAAUACUUGGAUUAUUUAUAUAUUAUUCAUGAUGAACUUACUGUAUAUUAUCUCGGUUCGUACCCGGUUUUGGCAAAUGGUAGUUCUAAGAAAACUCGGACACAGUACCUGGUGAGAAUGUCUAACCGGUUGUUCCUGAGCUAUUAUAAAUAAAUACAUCAUUUUGCUUAAAAGCAUUUGUUAAAAUGAUCACAUCCAUGCAAAUAACUUUACAAACAAAAACACUUUUAAUAUUUUAUUUGUAUGCAUCCCAAAAAUCCAAGUAGGCCCAGGACUUUGUUUAGUACACUGAUACAUUUGCUGAUCAGUUCUUCAUUUGUGUUGACUGAAUUUUCACAUUUAAAUUGCAGGACAACAGCUUCGACAGAGAGUCUUCAACAGUUGUCUCGACAAAUAAAUGGUCUCUUAUCGGAGGUAAGGCAAUAUAUUUAUUAUUUUAUUAUAAUUGCCCUUUCUCCUCAAGAAGAAAAAAAAAAAAAUGACAGCAGAACAUUGGAAACAGAUGUUUGGUGCAAUGAGUUCACUUACCAUAACAUGGGAGUUUAGAUUAAGUCAUAAUGGUUACUUUAAAAUAAAAAAUCAUUAGUAGCUUUUGGCUAUCGUUACUUUGAAUAACUUAAACAGUAAAUUAAACAGCCCCUAAAAACAUAGUUUUUCGUAUAAAUCCUUUAUACACAUUUUUGUUUGCAUUCAGCGUCAUCUCCCAUACCCAAAUACGUCACAAAUACAAAGCACAGGAAAAACUAAUUUUUGAGAUUGAGGAUGAAAAUUUGAUAGAAUGUCAUCGGCAAUGAGUCUGUGCCUAGUUUCAGCUCGAUAGGAUGAUGGGAAGUGGGUCAAUUAGCCUUCAGAAGAUUUGGCUCAAAAGAAAGACAUGAACAAAAGCAAUUUUUUGAGGUUGGGAGUGGGGAUGAAAAUUUGAUAGAAUGUGUUGUCAUUGGCAGUGAGUCUAUGUGCCAAGCUUCAGCUCGAUAGGAUGACAGGAAGUGGGUCAUCUAGCCUUCUGAAUAUUUUGCCUCCAAGAAACACACAAAAGCGAAGUUAAUAUGAAGGAUUUUAAAAUUUAGCUUUAAGAUCAGGAGUUUCUUCAUUUCAGGCCAGAGGCAAACCAAACACUACAUCCCAUGCUGUAAGUGACAGUGGAUUGCAUUUAUAAUUUUACAAAUUUUACAUUCCUGAGUUCAAUGUUUUGCUGACGUCUUCUUCACCUGCUUGCUAAACAAUUCCUAAAUAUUGUUUUUGGAAACAAUAAUUUCCCAGCAUGCCGAGGCUCCAAUGUUUAAGUCGGUUUAUAGCUCUGUACCCAAAGAAGUUUUAGAAAAAAGAUGGUCUCCAGAAAAUGAUUUCAUGCAUGUUUCUGUUAAGUUUUCUUUAUUGUUUAAUGGUAGGUUGUAAGUAUUGUGCAGGGGUUUGUUGUGCUAUUAUUGAUGGUGUUCAAAUUUGUUUGGUGCCAAACCCCAGGGUUUCAAAUGUGCAACACAUUUUUUUUUGGGUCAUAAUGUUUAAGUAUGUUUUAAGCAUGAAAUUAGUACAACAUUGAUACAACAAUGGAUUAAAUUGAAUCAAUGAGUAUUAGGAAGAAAAAAAUAAUUUUAUUUGUCAUUGCUCUACUCCUUUGAGUAGAUGUAUAAUAAGUUUAAAUACCACAGCCUCUUACAUUGUGAUAGUUUUGUACAUUGUCAAUGCAUUUAUUUAUCCUUAAACCUCUUCCAUCGGAUAUAAACCAUCCUAAAACUGCAGUAUCAUUGAAAAAUAACCCAUUGCCAUCAUCAGGGUUUUUACCAUGCCACUGAUAAGCGCUUUGUCUUUUUCUCUCCUUAUUUCUCCAUUUGCUUGUUGCAGUCAGCAGCAUAUGUGAACUGGGAGGAUUCACCCAACACUGGGGUGCAGGAGCUUGAGGUGCUGGAGGUUUUCUUUUUACUACUCAUCAAUAACAUUGUUAAUUUCAUAAUCAAAAUAUACAAGUUUGCACAAAGUAGUUUAAUUUUUUGCUUUUUUUAAAUAAAUGCUUUGAGUGUGUUGGUUGGACCUUAAAGUUUUCUUUGUGUGUGAUCUACUGCUGUUUUGUAAAAAAAAAAAAAUUAUUCUUGUUUCUCACGUCUUGAAAAUUUACGUAUAAUUCUAUUUGAGUGGUUGGACUUAAUGAGACAAAAAUAAACCGUGACGCUAAUUGAAUGUAUAAAAAUAUGCAACAUCUUUGGAGGAAAGUUUUUAAUUAGGCUUUUACAUAAUGGCUUUUUUGUAUUAUUACCUAGAUAUGUGAGCUUCAAAAAUUAUGUUUUGCACAAGCAUGAAAACUCAACAUUAUCUCCAACUAUGACAUUAGUAGAGAAAAAAUAGAAUUAUCAGUACUUUGAGUUCAUAUGUUUAAUUUUUAUUUUAUAGUAGCACAUUCACUUUCCGAGGAUGAGAUUAUAUGAUAACAAGCAUUUAAUGUGCAGUGACAAACAAAAUGUAUUAAAUAAUCACUUUAUUACUUCAUCUUUACUCAAGCUGGAAUAUUUAGCUUACAGCUUCAAUGAAAAUAUUACUUAAGUUAAAAUAAAACUUCACGCAUGUUGGUUUUAAAUCGUGCAUGAACACUAUCCUUUAAAAAUAAAAUAGAUUUUGUGUAUUCUUUGUUUAUUUAUUUCAAUUUUUAAAAAAUUAAAUUGUUCAUUACCUACACAGUAAAAGAACAUGCAAUUGAUUUAUCUUCAAGGAAUUAAUUCUUAUAUUGAUAACUUUUAAGAAAAAUCAUUUUAAAAUAAAUGUAACAAUAAAUAUAUAUAUUUUUUUUUUUUUAAAUAUCGACAAACAUUUCAAGGUUUCUAUUUCUGAAAAUCUAUUCAUUUUCUGUUCAUUAUUUCCAUUUACACUAUGAAUAACAUAUUAAUCAUACAUGCUGUACUUUGAAACGAUUUACUAAUUUGGUGUACUCCUUACUCUGCAUCAUUCAUUACCUUAUGGAUUACUAACAUGAAGUGGAGUGAUAUACACUAAAAGUCAACUGUCAUUUCUUUCUUUAAUUUUCUUCAUUUGACUAUAUGAAGAUGCUGGUAUUAGCUUGCUUUGUAAAGGAGUCGGCACAUUUAUGCGUAUGCUAGUUUAAGGAUAAACUUGAUAGUGGAAUUAAACAUCUUAUAGACCAAAUAGUUAACUGCUUUGCUUACAAGUGUCUGAAUCAAAUGUCAAUUUAACAAAAUAACCUAUCUCAUCAGUUGCUAAUGACUCGUGGCAUUUUUAAACCUCUUUUCUUUCCAUUCUCAUUUAUAAUAAUUUAGAGAGACAUAUUGUGUCGUUUUAAAAAAAAAAAAAGUUUAAAAAAACUCACAACACUUCUUUUAACUGCUGAGGUGAUUCUACAACAUUCUGUAAUGCUUUUUUAAAAGGACAUUAUCUAGAAAUUAAUUUGUUGUCCGUACUUUUCAGGAGAGGAACAGAGAUCUGGCCGCCUUGUUGGAGAAGCAUGCACAGGCCAAUGAACAACUAAGCUCACAGAACCAACAACUUGUGAGUUGAUGUACAGAGUACAUGGAUGAUGUAACAUGUUGAGCAACUGCAACAUGUGAAGUGUUUCCUAUAGCAAUUCAAUAAUAAUGUAGCAAUUUAUUUUCUUUAAAGUUAACCCGACCAUAACUGAUUCUUAUUGACCUGUGCCAGUAUCAUUUUUGACCUGGUUUAUCUUAAACAGCGAGCACAUUCCAAAGCAUUACAAGAACAGCUGGAGGCAGAGAGGAACUCUUUCCAUGAAAAGCAUAAAAAGGAUAUAGGUUCAUUAAAAGAGCAGCUUCAAGUAAGAACUAAUACUUUACAUACAAUUUUAUACUCUCAAGUGAAGAAUUGUUUUUAAGUUACAUUCAAGAGCAGAAGAACCUACUUUAGUAUUUAAUAAGUUGAAAGAAAUAAUGUAAUGAAAUCUGGCUUUAAAUUUAAGAUAUAGUUUUGACAACUGCAAGUACAGGAUGUGCUGUAUUAUUUAUUGUUAUAAAUCUGACGGUACUUAUGAAAUUAUUCAAAAGAGAAGCACACUAGGCAAAAAGUUAAUCUAAGUUUUCUCAAAACUAAUUGGAAUAAAUAAAAUAAAAUUUGUCACAACUUAACAGGUUCAUAUACAGACAAUAGGCAUCCUAGUAGCAGAGAAAACAGAACUACAAUCACAGGUUAAUCAAGUUCAGCGGAUAGCUGAUCAGAGGAUAGGUGAGGUGAUUUUUUAUUGCACUUCUCAUAGCUGUAUCAUCUUAUAACUUUACCGCCAUCUAUUUAUAAUAGGUUUAUGAACAAUUUCACCGGAUUAACCUGUAUGACAUGAAUUUUGCGUGACUCUGUGUGAAUAAGUUGAGUGUGCGAUGUAAAAUAUUAUAUUAGUGCAUUAAAAAGAAAAUUAUAUUUUCUAAUUUUGUAGUUCUGCCACCGGUUUGAAGAUCAUAAGUAACAACCUAUGUAAGCAAACUUCAAUAACAAACCAAAUAUUUGAUUUCUUCAGAAGAAAUAGAGGAGCUGAGUGGUAGAUUAAAAGCAUCGCGGCAACGUGUGGCUGACUUGGAGCGAAAUUUAUCAACAUCAUCCCAAUCCACCCACCAGAUUGAGAAGGUGAUUAUAGAAAAGCUGUGUGCUCUAGCAUUAUUUACUUAAAAGAAUUGUCUUUUGAAAUAAAUUAUUUUCCUUUGGCCAUCAGGCAGCAAAGUAUAAAGGGAACGUUUGUUUCGAAAUUAAAUUGGAAAUAACAUUUAUUUCUUUUUAAAUAGGUCCUGGGGAGCUAAUGAAAUAAUUAAAAUACUUGCAACAAUUUCUUUGAUUGAACUAGAAAUAAGUUUACCUUUUCCAUUUUUUUAAAGCAACAGCAGGUGAGAAUCCUAGAUUAGUUGCCCAGUUUUUUCUUAAAACAAAAAAAAAUCCUUGUUUUCAAUCACUUUGGCAAUCCUUUAGAUUGACGAAACGCCCCCCCCCCCCCCCCCCCCCCNGUUUGUGGGUUAGACGUCAUUGCAUAGUGUGAAACAGUGUAUAUGGUCAUAGAGAUUUUUUUCACUGUUUGUGGGUUAGACGUCAUUGCAUAGUGUGAAACAGUGUAUAUGGUCAUAGAGAUUUUUUUCACUGUUUGUGGGUUAGACGUCAUUGCAUAGUGUGAAACAGUGUAUAUGGUCAUAGAGAUUUUUUUCACUGUUUGUGGGUUAGACGUCAUUGCAUAGUGUGAAACAGUGUAUAUGGUCAUAGAGAUUUUUUUCACUGUUUGUGGGUUAGACGUCAUUGCAUAGUGUGAAACAGUGUAUAUGGUCAUAGAGAUUUUUUUCACUGUUUGUGGGUUAGACGUCAUUGCAUAGUGUGAAACAGUGUAUAUGGUCAUAGAGAUUUUUUUCACUGUUUGUGGGUUAGACGUCAUUGCAUAGUGUGAAACAGUGUAUAUGGUCAUAGAGAUUUUUUUCACUGUUUGUGGGUUAGACGUCAUUGCAUAGUGUGAAACAGUGUAUAUGGUCAUAGAGAUUUUUUUCAAACAUUAACUAAAAGUUUGGUUUUGGAGGAAUAACAUUUAGCUAAGUACAUUGCAACAUUUUAUUAUCUCAAAAAUACAUUUGUAACAUUUCAUGUUUUUUUAAUUUCACUCAUUACUGCUGCAUCCACACAUUUAGUACAUAUAUUGCUAUUGUAAAUUUUAUCCCCACUGUCUCACAUACAGCUAUAUUCUUACAUUGAGUGCUUAUAUAUUUAUAGUGUGCUUUUUAUCACUGUCACUCAUAAAUAAAGGUUACAUACACACACUCACACACAGCCAGUUAGCCAUCUGUUUCAGGUAUGCAAUAAUCAAUAAUUUAAUCCUGGUGGUGUGUACGAGUUGAAUAGAACAGUUAAGUACAGUACCCUGUUAAGCACAACUUGCAUCAGAGGAAAGAGACAGACAGUCUGAUGUGAAGCAGUGGGUUUUGACAUUUAGGUGACGAUUCGCUGCAUACAUAUUUGACAUUGCAUUCCAACAUUGAAAGUGUGUGGCUGUGUAGACUUGAAUGUAAAUAUUUUAAGGACUUCACUGGGGAAUUUCUAACAAAGGACUAAAAGCAAGGAUGUAUCCCAUGCAAUAACUAAACUUGGAAUUUACUUUUGGCCACGGCAUAUCAGUUUGAUUGUGACAAGAGUAUGAUUAAAACAUCUUGGCAGUUUAAGUAUUUACGUGAAAGCAAUGCCUUAGUAGUGGGAUGUUCUAAGAUGUGACAUAUUAACAAAACUGUAAGUAAGACGGUUAAUAAUAUCAAAGACCUUCUUUUUGGGUAUCAGUUCAACUGCUGGUAGGUAAAUUUAAAAAAACAGGCUCUUGUGAAACAUAUUAACAAUUAGAAGAACAGUAAGAGGUUCAUUAAUUUGUGAUACUAUAUUGUAUCUCGUAGCACUUAUUGAAACUAAAUAUGUAACAAUGAUAAUGUUGAAGCGUUGUGAUUAAACAUUUUAUUUCAUUGUAAUGAGACAAGAACACUAUAGAGACACCCUAUGUUUACAUGUAGAAACUUAGUUAAAAAGUAUUUGUGACAUUACAAAAGCCAUGAUUCUUCACCCAUUGCGACAAUUUUAAUUCUUGCUGGAUCCAUGCAGUUAACAACGUUACGUAAUGAUUUGUUUUUGUGCAAUUCCACAACAGACUCAAAAUGUAAAAAAAAUACAACUAGUGUCCAAUGUGUAGUUUUAAGUAUGAAUUGAGCGAGGUAAAAAUGGCAGAUGGAAGAGACCGUAAUGUCAAUUUUAGCCAGUGUUUGUACAGUGUUAUAUCCAUACAUACAUAUAUACAUACAUAGAGAAAUCUAUGUUUUGUUCAUCAAUCUGCAGAUUGCUAACCUGUGCACUUCUCUAUUGGCACACAUGAAACAUCAGUGAUAGCAAUCAAUUAAUAAUGCAUAUUCCUUGACAACCAUGUAUAUCUCAUUAAUGUCCUUACAGAUCAUAAUAUCUUUGUUCAUCAAUGUAUUAUAUUAUUUAUCUUGUAUUAUCUGUAGGCUGCUGUUGAGAAUGCCAAGGAAGUGGAUAGGUUGAAGUUGGAACUUUUAAAAUCCAAGUAAGCUAAUCAAUAUUUGUAAUUUUAUACUUAGCUAUUCAGAUGAAUGGGAGUAAUGUUAAAUUUGAAAUUCAUGACAUAGAACACCUUGUUUGAAAAUAAACAUAUGGAAAUGUUUUUAGAUUGUAACAUGAUGUUUUUGGUUUUCUUUAAUUUCUAGCAAACAAUAUGAAGAACUGAGACAGCAGACAUCAGAAUUGAAAGAACAGCUGCAAUCAAAGGUAUUAACAGUUAGAGCAUGAAACAUUUAACUGUAUCAGAAAGUAAAUAAAGAUUAAUUGUAAAAAUAACAAAUGAAUACUUUUUAAAUAGAUUUUACUUUUUUUUUCUCUAUUGAAAGUAUUUGUAAAUAUUUAAAUUCUGUUCAAUGCUUUAAGUUAAAUGCAAUAACUAUCUACGUAAACAAUGUAUAGCCAUGAACAAUUGUUCCAAUCACAAUUUUUAUUUGCCAUGCGAAGUGAUAAUCUAAAAAAUAGGAUUAUUUAGUACUAGAAUAAAAAAAUGAACAACACAUUUGUUUCAUUCUUUCCUAAUCCUUUUAUUGACUUGAAUCGGGGAUGAUGUUAAUGUUUUUUUUCCAAUACUUAUUACAGGUGACUGCCAACUCUUCUCUGUCACAAACUGUAGAGGACUUGCAGAAAAGACUUGAAAUGACAGAGCUGUAUGCGCAGCAGGUAAUUAAAGGCAUCAGUUACAUUGUCUGUUGUGCAUUUAUAUGGCUCAAAGGAAAUGUUCACAAAUGGGCUGUUUGGUCCGCAUAACAUGAAUAUUUAUAUUCUUAUAACUUAUAACUUUAAAAAAAGUUUGGGAACCACUGGUUUAGCAGUUUAAAGAAUUAACCUGUAGUAUAAACAAGUUCUCUUUGUACUGAAAUAGUUCUGUUGUAUAAACAAGUUCUCAAUGAUGUCUCAACUAGUACUGAAUAUUUCUAUUGUUCAUUACCAGCUCUCCAGUGAAACAGAAAACUCACAGGGCAGUGUGGAAGUACUCAACAAUCUACAGAAAGAGAGAGACACCUUGCUGGAGCGUUUACACCAGGUGGGCAAUUACAUAAUCAUCCAAAAUUAAUCAAUUUUUGUAUUAAUUUCAGAAGUAAGAACACACAUUGCCAUAAUUGUACAAUUAAUGCUGUGAAAAUAAGAGAAAUAACUUGCUGUUUGAAUGAAUUGUCAGCUCUGAUUAAAAAGUAACAAAAUAAAAUUGCUUUUAAAUUAAUAUUAUUUAUAGCCAAUUCAUAGGCGACUAAACGUUUUGGUGAGAUGGGUUAUUUAAAAAGUUCUUCUGUAAUUUAUUUUAUCUAUUUUCUUACAGUUUCACUGGUGAUCUGCUUAUUUACCAUAAAUUUAUUAAGAUAAGCCAUCAAAUGCAAAAGUGUCUCAGCAUUUGCUAGGAUUUAAAAAUGCACAAAUCAAUGUUUUUUGAUAAUUAAUACACCCAUAAUGACCCAUAAUUAAAAAAUGUAUAAAUUAUUAUCCAGAUCUUUUUGCAUUAGUUAGACAUCUUCGAGUUGCAAUUCUGAUUUUUAACAUGUGAAUAUUGUGUGACCUCUAGCAAGAGGAGCUCUCCCAGCAAUUGAAAUUAGAGAGAGACCAAGUGACAGAACAAUACCAACAGUACACGGACCAACUAAGACACCAGGCACAGCAACUUACACAACAGGUGAGUAGCAGAACACUGACCAAAUGAAAAACCAGGCAAAGCAACUUACACAACAGGUGAGUAGCUGUAUACACACAAUAGAUGAGUAGUUGUACUUGACCAUGGGAGACACUGCCCAUGCUCUAGUUGAAUGACUUCACAGUAUUUCUUCUCUAGCUGCAGUGUAGUAGCAGCUAAGAGUUAAAACCCCCUCAAGCAAUUGGUUUUGAUUGUCCAUAGAAUGAAUCUACAACAUCUGUUAAGAUUAACCCUUUGAUAGCAACAACUAGAAAAUUUUUUUUUUAUUUUAGAGCUUACAUAGUUACCUGCUAAGUCAUUUGUAUGGAAUGCUUUUGUGUAUUUGUCACAAAUUUAUGUAUUUUAGAGGUCUUGUUAAUUAGGGUUUUUUUUCUAACUGAACCAUCUCAUAUAUCUAUCUCAGAUCACAGUUCUAACAGAAGAAAGAGAACAAUUACUCAAUAGACAGCACGAUUUGGAAGGAGCAGUUUUAGAAUUGCAAAGAAAACUGGGUAAGGAGGUUUUGAUUGGUCAUUAGUUACCCAGCUUUUAAUUUAGCAUCUCUCAAACUGGAGAUAAGUCUAAUGGGUUCUCCUGUUUUUACGCAUUAUUUUUGAGUGCAUUGAAACCACAAUCAUGUGACGACCUGAUAUAGGAUCUGUAGUGCAUUCAAAUGAUCAAGAUUAGGGGAUGUUUAGAGGUCAGAUUAAACCCCUUAUUUUGGGUGCACAAGUCAAAGGUUUGGAAAUUAUAAGAGACGCUAACUCCUGUUUCUUCUAACAGCUAUACUUAUAAUAAUAAUAAUAAUUCACUCUAACUCGUUUCCUUUUUUUAGGAGAUUUAUAAUUUUGAUUAAAUAUGAAAUAUUUUAUUAAAUUUUCUACAUUAAUUACAAUACACAUAUUUUAAACAUAAUACUUAAAAAAUAAUUAAUGAUCACAGACAAAUGUAGCUCUGCUGAUUCAUUUGAAACUAGGUAGGAACAGUUUAGUUAAGUUUCUAUUGAAAUGAAAAUUAUUGGAAGAUUAAAAUUUAAUUGAGUAAAACUUUAACAUUACAGUGCAAACAUUCUUACACCUGUUCAUUAUAAUUAUUUCCUUUAUUCUUAAUAAUUAUGAAAUAUGCUCACUUACUUCCAUGCUUGACCAUUGAAAUCUUUUCAACAGAGGACAUAGGCAGCAUGCCACCAGUGCCUCAGGUUACUCAAACUGUAUCACGUGAGCUUACCGAUGAGCUGGAGAAACUCAGGGCAAACAUCAGGGAGGCUACAGAUGCACUGGAGACUCAGGUCAGGGACAACAUGCAGUUAAGCAGGUGAGGCCCUAGUGUUGAUAGGAACCAAAACUUGGCAGAUUAAUUUCAACUAAUGAAAAAAAGUAAAAACAAAUGAUAAUUUUCAUCUGUGACUUGCUUAUAGUUAUAGUUUUCUCUCUGGUCUCAUAAGUAUUGUAUUUCAACUUUAUAUUUCAAAUAAGUUUAUUCAAUAAUUCCAUGAUUGAACCAGCAAAAAAACAUGGUGGUCCAUGAUUCUAUCUUUAAAAUGAAGCAUUUAUACCUUUUUAAAUGGUCUACAAAAUGAACAGGGCAACCAACACACGUCACCAUAAAUCUGAGAAACUGAUAAAUUUAAUGCCAUAAACUUAUUUUAGAUAGAAUUUUAAUUAGCAUAGAUGCUAAAUUAGACAUUAAAAAUUAAAAUGCCCUUAGGUUACUGGAAGAGAAAGAGGAGAAGAUCUUAUCUCUAGAACGUUCUGUGGAAGAAAUGGGAGAGCAGGCGGGUGACAAGGUCCAGCUUUUGGAGAGCAUACAGAGUGACAAGACUGCACUGAGCAGGGCCCUGUCACAGAACAAAGAACUCAAGGCACAGCUGGCAGAGUUGCAGCAAGUAUUUGUCAAAAUGGUCAGUUUAACACAGCAUCCAGCCAGCUUAUUCAUUUACUAUGCCAGCUCUGGCAUUUGUAAGAGAUCAAAUGAAAAGCCAUCUUGUUUGCGGCACAAUUAAGCUAGUACCAUAGAUUACCCUUAGUGCCUAAAUCAACUUUAUUAAAGUAUAAUCAGGAUAUGUUGCCAUGAUCAGUUUAGUUUCUUGGCUGAAUGAAAUGUGCAGAUUUUUUCCUUAAGCCUACAGUCUGUUGCUGCCAAAUCCGGCCACUUCGAGGCUUUUUACUUUCGUUCUUAGCACAGCGGAAAUCCAUUGCGCAUUACUAUUUAUAGUUAUACCCGAAGAAAGCCUCGUUGUCUGCAUUUAUUUUGAUACUAGUUUGACAGCGGUGUGUUUAGGGGCUGAUUUUCUACGAUUAUUUUAAAAGUUGCAAUUUUUUGCUGUAAAUAAUGGCUUUCGAAGCCUUGGAUACAAUUUUGAAAGAAAGGCCUUAUGAAGCUUCACUAUUUCAUAAAUCUAGCAGCGAUAGUGAAGAAUCUGAUAGAGACAUUAAUUUAAAUGAUGCCACUAGUAAUAGUGAUUCAAUUGAAGAAGAUAGUAAUAGUGGCGACAUCGAUGACAAUGAACCUAUCAAUUCCACUCGAACUGAUCGGCAAGAUCAUUUGUGGUCUGGGAAUUUUUCUCAAAUCAAAGUGGUAGGGUCCCUGAAACUGUUUUUUGGUGCAACUUUUGCUUUAAUCAUUUCUUUGUAUUUAGGUAUUUUUUUAAUUCUUUUCUUGCUUAUAGUUUAUUUUCUGUGAAUUAAUUACAUAAAGAACCUUCAUUUAAAAUGGAGUUAUGUCCCUUUGCUUGGUCGCUGGGAGUAGACAAGGCUGAAUAGGCUUGGACUGUAAAGGGUUAAACCUAAAAUGUGCCAUUGAAUAGGGAAAAACUUGUUAGUCUUAAUUUUGUGACAAACUGUUAAUACUUCUGUCUUUAAAUUAUAAAUAAACAAGUCUGUAAAGAAUGCAACAUUGAACCUUUUCACAGAGUAAUGACAACAUGGAGCUUGUGACCAGGCUACAGACAGAGCAACAUUCCAGCAAUGAGCUGUCCUCCAAGCUGGCACAACAAGAAGAUGAACUUACUGGUCUAAGACAGGUGGUAAGUCAUUCUGUGUAAACUUUUUGACAGUGUAAUUCUACUGGGGAUCAUUUGUACAUCAUGCCACACUUGUCAAUACAUUUGACAUAUUUGAAAUGGCUAGAAAGACUUUGAUAUUGUAUGCUUGUAAUUAGUUUUUGUAGUGUUGUGUUUGUUUUAAAUGUGGUGAAUUAUAGAUAUGUUUUUUGUUGACUUUGUACCGCGCUUCGAGCCUUUGGGGAUGAAGCGUGUUUUUUUAAAUGAACUUUAUUAUUAUUAUUAUUAUUAUAUUUGAAAGUGUUGUCACAAAACUCGUUGCCUUCAGUGUUAUGUUAUACUUGUCCCCUCUAUUGUCCAGCUGUCCCAGAAAGAAAGUGAAAUCUCUCAAAUGUCCCUGGCCACCCAAGCUGUAGAGAAGGAAAAAUACCAGCAGAACCAGAUGACGGACAGGCUACGUCACUAUGAGGCUCAGGCUCAACUGGUGGACACGUUACAGAAUGAACUCACUUCAGCUCAGGUGGGACUUGUUGGGUUGAAAGAGAUUUUUAAAAUUUGUAUACGUUUAUAAAAGACAGCUUUGUCAUGGUUAAGAACACUCAUGUCAAGACUUGAUCAGUAGGAUUUAUUUACUGAUUCUUAUGAUUUUUGUGAGAUAAAUUGUUGAUUUUCUGUCAUUACAAACAACAACAAACGUCCAGAUUAUUUAGAAACAUUAUCAUCAAGAUUUUUCAUCUAUUUUACUAUUUUUAAAUCAUAAUAUGAAUCAAUUUUUUUUUUUUUAAAACCCUUUUAUUACCGAUGACAUCACAAUCACCCACUUUCAAUUACCAAGGACAUCACAUUGACGUCAUAACAAAAAGGCAAAGAACUUUUCUGAAAUACCAAGAACGUCACGUUGACUCAAAUUUCUUUAUUCAUUAAUUUAUAGAGAAGUUAAUAAGCGAAUCGGAUAGAGAAUGAAAAAUACCGGAAAUUUCUUCUUUAAAAAGCUUUUUAUUGAGGAGUCAGCAAAAAUCGAUGCCAAAGCCAGCGGUAAUUAAAGGGAUAAACAAGAAAUUGUUGAAUCCCGCUCUGAGGCCAGUUAUAUUUUCCAUUAUAAAUCUCAUUGGAGUACCUCAAAAACCACUCAUUGAACCAAUGAGAUGGACUGCAAUGCCAGGCUCUAUCAGUUCUGGAAUUCCCAUAUUUAUUUGUUUCAGGACAUGAUGGAAGCCCUGACAACACAGAAUAGUGAACUCAGGACAAUGCUUAUCAAGGCCACUGAGGUCAAAUCUGCAUCACAUUCCAAGAUGGAGAAUGGGGAAGACGUGCCCAAUCCAAGGGAUGAAAUAGUGAGUUUAGUGGGGUUUGAUGAUGAUAGUAAACCCAGACCAGGUUACUCUUGCAAUUUUUGCAUACAGUAUAUGAUUUUGAGAUGCCUUUUAGGUCGUUGUCAUAGCUCCUUUCUACAUCCUGCGGUGAAUGGACAGAGAAAUAUGAUUGGUUGGGCAUCAUCCAUAAUUAUAUUACAUACACCAUGAAGGGAAGUGGGGGAGGCAGAAUAUAAAUACAAUUGUUGUUUGAGUGGAAGGGUAUGCAGCAAUGAUUUUGGAUAUUUUUCACAUGGGUCUGCCUGGGGAGGGGGGGUCAGAGGUCUAAGUAUUUUUAAGGCUAUAAAAUAACACCAUGCCAUGUUUCAUAAUGAUGGUGAUGAUUUUCAUGUGGCUCUGUGUUUUCACAAUUGACUCACUAGAUUCAGCAACAGUAAUAUUUAGUUUAGUCACCCUAGUGACAACUUUAGUCAACAGUUGCCUUUUUUUUUUCCUUCUUCCAUGCUGUAUGAUGCAAUUUUGUGCAAAAACUGAGACAUUUAAGGAUUAAACAAAAAAAUUCAUUCUCAACCCCAGUUUGGUUCCAGCACUCCUUCUCUUCCUUUGUGGUCACUACAAGACUUUAAUAUUUUAACAGGAAAUAAAAUCAGGCUCCUCUGCUUAAUGGCUAAUGAAGUAUAAAAAAAAGCCAACUUGUUCUAUAAUUCAAUAUCAAGUGACUUGGUAGCUUUUGCAAAUAACCUCACAUUUUGUAAAUAACUAUUUAUUUGACAAACUUGAUAUUAAUGAGGCUGAAUUGAGUUCAAGUUUGAACCACUGUCAAAUUUCAGCUGUAGCUUUUUUUUUUUUUUUUUUUUUUUUAAGUGACAUCUUGCUAUAAUGUGAUCUGUUCUUACACCCACUUCUUAAUUGAUAUCUGUAGCAGAUACUUGAAAGAUAAUGAGAUCUGCACUUACACCCACAUAUUAAUUGACAUCUGUAGCAGAUACCUGAGAUACAUGUCUGGAAAACAAACUGACCGCAGUUGCACUAUAAACACCAGUCAUCUACUUUUGGAUGUGACCCUUUUUUUUUUUUUUUUUUUUUUUUUUUUAAUUUUUUUACCUUUUUUUUUUUUUUUUGUCCUUUUUUUUUUUUUUUUUUUUUUUUUUUACAUUAGCUUAACCUUAUUUGGUUUGACACUCAAUACCAGUAGUUAUUUUAUACAUUAUCAAUUAUGUUUACAUAUUAUUAACUAUAGUGAUAUGGUAUUGUACUAUUUUGAUACUGUCUAGUAUUAUUCUGAGAUCAUAUUGUAAUACUUUGUGAGUUCCAGGGUAACCAGGUCUCAUAACUGUUUAUUUUGUUGUAUGGAAAUCUGAUUAUCAUCCAGUUGAGAGAGGCAGAAUAUAAAUACAAUUGUGGAAGGUUCUACAAACCACUGUCUUUCAGCUGUCAGCUUUGUGACUUUUUUAAAAGAAAACCAAGACGUUGUAUUGUCCCCAACUUUGGCUUUCUAAAAUUUGAUGCAAAUCUUUAAUGAAAUAAAAAUAAUUGUAUUUAUUUGGAGGAAACAAGGAGAAGGAUUAAAAUUAUAAUAAUAAAAUAUUAUAUACAUUGAUAAGUGUGGGAAUAUACCUGUUGGUACUGAUGAGAUAAUUAUCAGGUAGUGCAAGAAAACUGACAAAAAUAAUCAGUUAUUCUCAUUUUAGGUACCAAUCCUUUCAAUGCAUUCUAGUUUGGGCCAUUAGCUAGUUAGGUCAUGAAUUUGGAUAUAAUAUGGGUGCACAUUUUUUCCUUUAGUUAUAUUUUCCUGUUAAGAAAUUAUGUUCACAGAAUACAAAUUCACUGUGUCAUGUUAUUGCUCUUACUUUGUUCCAUCAGUUCUAUCAUUCUGUUCCUAGAUUCAGUCCCUACAAGACACAAUAAAACAGCUGGAGAAUGAGAGAACUCAACUGUAUGAGAGCCUGAAAGAACAGAGGAGACUCUCAGACAGCCUGGGAAUUAAAAUAGCUGACCUCAAUGAGGAGCUGAUCAGGAAAAGUAAAUAGUUCAAAUUUUACAGCUUAAUCUGCAUAUUGUGCUGUUGUCACUCUGGGACAAUUCUAAAACAUGUUUAUGGACAGUCCCUAAGCUAGGUGAAUUUAAAUGUCAAAAUUAUUAGAAUGAUGUCAGACAAUGAUGCUGAGGGUAAAUCUGUAAUAGGCACUAGUCUGCAAUAAUUGAUCUAUACAUGUAUCAAACUAGUACAGAACUAGUAAUACCAUUACCAUUCUUUCCUUUGCCUCCUGUAGAAUCUGACAGUAUGGACAGUGACAAGAUUAGCCGAGCGGAGUAUAACGAGCUGAAGAAUGCCAUGGAGAUGAUCCAGCAGAAGUACAUGCAUGUCAUGAAGGACAAAGCUGAGCUGUCUGACAAGGCGGACCAACUGGAGCACCUGGUCUUGCAACUGCAAGGGGAGACAGAUACUAUAGGUGAACUGUUGAAUACCAUGGCAUCAUUUCAACAAACCAAAAUCUAUAUAAGCACUGAUAGAUAUUGUAACUUUUUUCACUAAAUUUUCAUUUAGCGUAAUUUUAAAAAAAUCAAAUAAAAAAUAUUAUUUUUCAAUACCAUAAAAAAUAGUUGAAUUAAUUUUUGUUGAAUUCAAAAUUAAUUCAAAAAAAAUUUCAAGGCUUAAAAUUAUAUGUGAAAUUUUUUAAAGAUUGUUCAAAUUUGCAAAGAUCAGCCACUUUUUUCUGAACAAAAAUUUAUAAAGACAUGAUGAACUUCUUUCUGCAGGAGAAUACAUUUCUUUGUACCACCACCAGAGGGCAUUACUGCAGCAGAGAGAGACACAGAAGAACGAUUAUAUAUCCCAGCUCGCCAGGGAUAGGGAACAAUUACAGGUCAAUAUUCCUCUACAUUUUUUUUUUGUACAACCAAUUGGUAUUGACACAAGGAUGUAUCAUGCGUUUGUUUAAUCCAGUUUACCUUUAAAGCACAUCUGGAUAAAGUUUGGAGUUAACAGUAUAUUUCAUGUAAUACAAUUUGGCGUGUGGAAGAAUUGAAUAAAGAAAAAUUGAUUUGUCCUGUUAAUUCCUUUUUUAAAUUUGUAGGACAAACUUGGAGAACUCCAGGCCCUAGUCAUGCAGUUGCUUGGAGAAAGGAACAUGCUGCACAGCUACAAUGAGGAAAGCAGACUUACACCGCGGUUGCCGCAUCAGCACCAUCACCAACAACAGAAACAACCUCAGCAACAAAUGAGCAAUGGAACUAUCAGUUCGUAUGAUAAUGGUUGGUUUCCUAAUAUAAGAUUCCAUUUUAAAAGAAAGCUUACCUCACAGGUUAAUAUCAGUAAAUAUUACUCAGGGUUUCUAUUUUGGGUCCUAAUUUAUUUCAUUGUCAUGCUCAUGUUUGAUUAGGAUGACCAUAAUAAGGAUCCUGUUAGUUGUUGUUCAUUGAGAUUUUAAUAGUUAUUUCCGGUUCCAUAAGUCAGUUUAAACAUUUUUAUUUAUCAUAGUUUUUAGAAACAGUUUAAAAGAUUGUAUUAAACAAAAUUGACAUUACAGAGUGUUUUGUUUUCUACUAAAUUCGUUUUUGGGUUCUGGGUGGCCGAGUGGUCUAAACUGAGUCAUUCUCAAGUUCCAUGGUCUUGAGUUCAAUACCCAUCAAAGCCCAGUCAAGCGAAAACAUUGCCAGCACCCCGGGUGGAUUGGGCCCGUUAUCCUUGGAUGGCAACUCAUCUAAGAGAAGGAAACUCUGAAUUCAAACCCCGGAGAUGGAGUCCUGUAGGUGGAUAACACUGACACAAUCAAACAUUACAACUCCUGAAAUGCCACUGAUGCCAAGCUGUAUCUAUCAUCCAAAUGAUGUUCCCUUUGGUUAUCCAGGGGCAUAGAGAGAGGGGAUUUGCUGUGUAGGGAACCAGCUUAUAAUCCUAAAAAAGUAUAAUCCCAGGCCUUGUGGAUUUCGCCCUGCGAAGUCUACACCAUUGUCACAUUGUGACGGGCGGAUGCCAGCAAGAUAUUAAAAAAAAAAUCAUUUAAUUAUUAAUUAAUUUUUAACUUAAUGCCAUGCUGUGAUGCACAUCAAGAAUUUGACCAAUUUGAUAAGUAAGGUUCCAUUGUCCUAUUUUAUUCCAGAAUGGCCAGACUAUACAAGUUCUGAAAGUGAUACAGAGAGUGAAGUUGAGCCUAUAGUUGGUGGCCAACAGGGCCCAGCUACUCCGGACUCAGAACUUACACCUCAGUCAUCAGCCUCAGCUUCUCCAGAAGAUUCUACUCAUCCUGGACACAGGUGAGAACUUAUGUCCUUAAAAGCUUUUAAAAAUAUAUUGAACUUGAAACAUUAGGAGUGCUAUUAAUCAGGGGAACCAAUCAAACAGGGUCAAUAUUUACUAAACAGUUCAUCUGCCUGAACAUGUCGCAUAUCAUUUUAAGUAAACAGGCUAACAAAUGUUUCAGCCAAUUAAUUUCUUUCCCCAUCCCACAGACACGACAUGUCCAACGGACACAUCAGCGAUGACAUGGAGGCUGAAGAGGAAGACAACCACAACCAUCAUCGCCAUCACCACCACCACCACCAACACACCCAGCACCACGAUCACCAGCAGACAUUCAAAGCUCCCCCAGAACACGACAAGACAGCCCACAAGAUCCUGAGUCUCCUCACAGAACUGGGGCACUCCCACCUUGUGGAACAGAUCCCUCUCAUAGACAGAAACUUUCUGCCCUGCAAGUUUUGUAAAGGAGCUGUGCAGAUAGUCUGAUGUUUGUCAGCACCCCCAUUCUCUUCCUUCAUUAAUGUUCUAAAUCUGAUGGUCUGCCAUACAUCACAAUGAUUAGUCUCAAUCUUGGUUUAUACAUUUUUUGACUUAUGGCUGUGGCAUCAUAGUCAUAGGAGAGAUCACUAGGAACACCAUUAGACUCAAAACCUUGAAGUUGCUUGUAUUUGAGUUUAGUUCUUGAUAAACACACACACAAGCAGCAAAGCAAGUCAUAUAACUGAAUAGGGCCAGGCCGUCACUGUUUUUAACACACCAAGCCUAUCACAAGUGUUUGAGGACUAAGUAGAUUUACAUACUGGUCCUAGUUAUUUCUUAGCCUGAUUUCAGUUGUUGCUAAUCUGAACAUACUGGUCCUAGUUAUUUCUUUGCCUGAUUUCAGUUGCUGCUAAUCUGAACAUACUGGUCCUAGUUAUUUCUUAGCCUGAUAUUCAGUUGUUGCUAAUCUGAACAAGGGAUGUUUCAUUAGUGCUGUGAAUAUUAUAUAUAUGUUACAUAGAUCCAGACUAUAUGACUUUGGCACUGAUACUGACAGAGUCAUGAAUCAGUACUAAAAAACGGCUUCGUUAUUAUUUUGGGAGACUUCACAGGUAUUUGUCCAAACUGAUGUCUCCCAGUCUUAAAAAAAUCAAGAAACUGGAUUACACUAUUGAAUAUUUUUAAUGGGAUAGAAUUAAAUUAAAAAAUAUUCUCCUCAGUAGACAGACAUUGAAAUAAAAAAAAAUAUAAUAAUAACAUAAUAUAUAUAAUAAUAUUUAACAAGAAGAAGUAGUUUAUAACACAACUUGACACCCUUACAAAUUACAGUCGUUAUUAUUAGUUAUGAAUUGCUGCUGCAUCAAGAAAUAAACUUGGAUAAUGUGGGAAUGUUAGACUAUACACAAUGAUAUAGCUAAUUAUGUGCACCUUGCAGUAGUAAGCAGACAUAACUGUCAUCCAAAUAAUCUUGUAAUAAUAGUCUUUUGAAUUAGAUUCUGCUCUUUGACUGGCUGUGAAAUAUUCCAAUGUAAAUCUAAAAGUUUGAGUAACUUGUCAGCUUUUAAUAUUUCUUUGUCAUCUCUUGUUGGUUUGUUUGACUGAAUGUCUGCCCCCCCAUCUGAUAAUUGGGCACUGACAGCUCAUCUUCAGUAUUGAAGUUUAUGUUUGUUUUCGUUUGUUAAAAGUGAACCUACCUCCCCUUAAUGAGCCGUACAAUAAAUUACCUAGAUUCAUGGAACAAAUGUUAAUAGUAAUAGAUGCAGUUGAAUUGAUUUCACUGCAGUUUUUUUUUUUUAUAUAGUUUGGGGCAGUUCUUAGUUGAGAGCAAUAAGACCUUAUUAAAAAUGUGAUCUAAAUCUAAGGGAACAAUUAGAGAAACCUCCUGAUGUUGCUCAUUCAGAUAUAAAUAAAAGAGGGGCAUCUGCUAUUUCAAAGAGCCAUUCCUUGCCAUUCUCUGGAUUAGUUUGUUGGAUACUUGCCAUAUGUUGGGCUGGGUUUUUGUAAUGGCUAGUGAGACAACAGCUGGACACCACUGACUGUUGAUAAGAGUUUCUGAAGAGGAGCAGGUAACCCCUGAUUAUAUAAAAUGUUUCUUUAAACAUUUAUUGACGAGGAACUUUAUACUUUUGAUCAAACGCAGCACUUGAAGAAAUUCUUUAUGACUGUGUUCCAUUAUUAGACCAUAGCUUACAACAACACACAACUCUACUGUCUGGUUGGCGGGCAGGUUCUUCAAUGAAACUAAUAAAUCACAUAUUGUUAGUGGUGGAAAUAUUGUUUUUUCAUGUGGUUAAACUAAUCAAAAAAAUGAUUUCAAUUUUUGAAGUGUCCUGCAGAGUCCCAACAAGUGCUGAAUUGAUUUAACAAAAAAAUUGAAUAGCUUGUGGAUCAUUAUGUUUGCAUUAAGGCCCCUAGCAUUUAGUUGUGGUAUUUAAACUUGGUAUAACUUAGUUUUUUUUUUAGUGUGGACAUUUAAGGUGAAGGCUGUUGUGAAUCAUUCAAUGAACCAAUAUUUGGUAUCCCCCCUCUGCCACCAAUGAGGCAGAAAACUAUUGAAAUCAAGUAUGGCUAUGUUGCAUUUUGUAUUCAGAUGAAGGCCUUAUUUUUUGGUGGUUGUAUUUGUUCAAAUCAAAACUGGUUGUGUGUUACACGGGUACAUGUUGACUGGAAUGGAUGUAAUUCUGCAGAAAACUCCUUGUAUUUUUAUUGAAAAAAAAAUUGAUGGUAAUCCAUGAUUAAAAACAAUCAAUUGGUUCUAUAGGGGCAUGAGUAUUUCAAGGGAUAUGUAUAGUAAUCAUAGUCAUUUGAUUGGCAUUUUUGGCAUUUUCUGUGGUCAAAGGUAAAAAUUAUGUUGUUAAUUAACAAUUUUUUAGCAUAGUUGCUUGUCAGGACUGUUAGUUGCUACUCCGUUAAAUAACAGUAAAUAGGAAUUAUCUGAUGUGAGCAGAAGUAAGCUGUAGAAUUACAUUCUAAAAUCUCGCAGGUCUCACAAAAAUUCAGUUUUUUUUAUAACUAGACUAAGGCAACUUACAAAUUAUUUGAAUUUCAUUUAUGGCUUUCACUAAAGAAAUAUAGACAUCUGGAAUUUUUUCUUCUUCUCUCUACGUUGUCGUUAAGGUUGGAGAUUAGACAAAAGAUGGAUGGAAAACCCUUAGGAAGACCUAACGAAACCACAAUCAAGUCUUGAAAGGCUAACAGAGUAACAGUCAAAAUGGAAAAAUUUAACAUCAAAAUGAAAACAGCAAAUUGACAAUAAUAAUUUGAUGAAGACUUCUUUAAGAAGAAACCACUUAAAUUCAGUAACCUUUUAUUUCACACAAAAAUGUCCAAACUUCUUGUAGGGUUUUCUGACAGAGUGACCAUCAAUACUUGCCUUGAAUAUGUCCAUCAUAUUUAUAGAUAUAUCUUGUAAUUGGUCUAGAAAUUGCUACGGUUUAUUGUAAAAAAUGUAAUGGUGUCCCCGCUUUAAGUAUUUAUUUCUAAGCUUUGUUUGUUUUUUUUUGUUUUUUUUUUUACAAACCUCAACAGGUUGUAAGUAUUUUUAUUUUAAAUGCACAGUUCUCUUCUCUUGAGUCUAGUGUUAUUGUAUUCUCAAUGUUUUCUGACCUUGUUUGAACUCAAUGUUUUCUGACCUUGUUUGAACUCAAUGUUUACUGAACUUGGGUUACUCAUUUGUUUAUUUAGCAACACUGUUAUUACCUGCUGUAUAACUCACUUUUUUCAGGUUUUGGAAACACUAGCUUUUCAUCUUAUGUUUUUGUUUUUCCUAUGCAAUUACUUAUUACCUGAGUUGUCUACUUAAACUUAUAUUACUGAAUAUAGCGGGAGUUGUUCUUGGGUCUUAUUUUUCAAAUGCUUUUAUUUUUUUUUUGUCAAGAGUGCUUAUCAUGCAAGUCCUGCUAAGUUUGUCAGAAGUGAUUGUCCUGCAAAUCUUGCUAAGUUUGUCAGAAUUGAUUGUCGUGCAAGUCUUGCUAAGUUUGUCAGAAGUGAUUGUCAUGCAAGUCUUGCUAAGUUUGUCAGAAGUGAUUGUCAUGCAAGUAUUGCUAAAUCCUGGAUGAGUCUCAAGGACAUCUGCAUGAAAUUUGAGUUUUUAAAUUAUGCUCAUAAUCCCAAUUUGAUGUUCAGAUAGAGCUUUGCAGUGCAGUCAAUGGAAGAUUUCAUUAAGCUCAAAUACUGACAUAGCUAUUUUAGUGCUGUUUUGUAACCUUAUCUGAAGAGACACUGAUAGAAAUGACUUUGUCCUUCCCACUGGGUGGAGCUCAUUAGGCUGUUCGGUGACCCUUGCCUAUGUUUUUCACUGUCCUUUCCAAGUGUCUACCUCCAAGUCUUCCGAGGCCUUACCCGCUGCCUCUUCCCUUGGCUGGUAUCUAAUGUAAAGCAGGGCUUAGCUUAUGCACUGCUUUGUUAUGAGACGUAACAUAAGCACAUGUGCAACAGCAACUGAAAAUGACUACCUGCUAUCGGUAUUGUUACAAGUAAAUUAAAUUUAGAUGCUUGUUAUUUUCCCUGUAGAUGGGUCAACACAACACUCACACACACAAACAUCCUAUGAGACUUGAAUUUACCAGAAUUCCUCAUUACUUAUGGUGUGUUGAAGUAAGAGAUUGUUUUUUUUAAAAGUCCAGGUCUGUUUUGCAGAAGCGUCCCUUCCAUAUUCUACUCCAGUUUAUACACACCAGAUAGCGCAACCUUAGGGGGAGUGUUGUGAAGAUCCUCCUGUAUUUGUCUCAGUGUAAAACAUAAUACAUGAACAAACCCCUACAAUUCUGAAUAAUUAAUCUUGGUUGUGUCCCUUUAUACCCAAACUAUUCAAAGUUUCAUACCACAAUCUGCUCCCCCUGAAGGGUGAAAUGAAUGAAGAAUUUAAGGCAAAUCAAAUCAUAAAAUUAUAAUUGUUGUAACUGAGCUGGUAAAAGUAUUUGAAUUUGAUUUUUUUUGGUAUGCAUGCAGUCCUUGGAUUAUUUUGGUCUCUAAAUUGACCCUAAACUAUAAAGAAUGCAUUGUGAUAACUGUAAAUUUUGUGCAAAGUAAAAAAUGAGAGAAGUCAUUUAUUUAAUGACAAGUCGUGCUAACAGUAAAACAAUUGUGUAAAUAAGCUGUACAGAUGAAACCAUAAGAUAGUUGAUGUGGGUUAUGUGGAGGGAAUUGUGAUCUUCUUUAAAAUCAUAAUACGGUACUAUUAUUAGCUUUAUGACAUCACAUGUAUUUUUGACAUCACAUGUAUUUUCGUACAGAUUAACAUAUUCUUGAUGAUUGAAUCUGGCUUAUUUAUUGAGAUUGUUCAAGCAAUCAUUAUGCCUAAGGUCAAUUGUUGAUUGUUGAAUAUGUGGCUUAUAGACAUACCAAUCUUCUUUUUUAAUGCACCCCAAAUAAAUUUGACCAAAUGUGAAAUUGUUUUUAUUCAUGUUUUUAAAAAAGAUUUGCUUACUUGUUGGGCCUUGCUUUAUUGAAUUUUAAAAUUUUAAUUUAAAAUUCACUUCACAGGUUUGGAUGACACUGUGUUGUAGUUUUAAUGCUAUUUAGGGUUUCUUGAAUUAUUUUUGAGCUUAGAUAUUUUAAAAAAAGAAGAAAAGAAAUUUAAUUUGAUUAAUAUUAACAUUGUUUUUAACUUUAAAAUUAAAACUUUUUUCAGAUAUGGAAUUUAAGAAAAUACUAAUUAAAUGUUAUUAUAACAGUUAUACUUAUUUUGUACUAAGGUUAAAAACAUGGCUAAAGAUAAACGUUUCUUUAGAAACAUAUUUAUUAUGUUCUUAACAUAUUUUCUUCUGCCUGUUUGCUCUUAAAUUCUCAAUGUAAACUUGUACAAAGCCAUAUAUAUUUAUACUACAAAACAGAUGUGAUGGCACAAUAAUUUAGAACCGUGUCAAAGUCUAAAUUUACAGCCAUCCCAUGUGGAAGUUCCCUGACAACAAGAUGGAGGCCUGUAAACACUGGCUCCUGUAAGCACUCACUCAACUCACCCUAACUGCUGCUGCUGUUGUUGAUUGACAUUUCAACUAGUUUUUGUUUGUUCAUAUAAUUUAUGUUAACGCUAAUAACACUGUUAAGAUUAUUAUUUCUUUUAUUUUCAUUCAAAGAAAUUAAAUAACACAUUCAUGUU